CGUCGUUUCUACGUGUCAGUUCGUAUUGUCUGUCAAGGUGCUCGGUUGCCAAGUCCGGUUAAUUCUAUCACGGAGGUGUUGGAGGAAAAUUGCCCGGAAAAUUAAAGCUUGGUACGGUGGAAAAUCCUAAUCAGCACGCCUUUUAUUUGAUUCUGAAUUGAAGUGAAGGUACCAGUGCUCGCUCAGUGGUCGGUUGCUACUCCAUGUGCGCAGAGAUUGUGUCCAGUUGAAUUUCGGAAUAUCAUCGCCGCCGCAGAAUUUUGGAGAUAAAGAAAAAGAACAUUUGAAAAAAAAAACACUUCGACUGUUUGGGAAAAACUCCGAUCCUGAUUCAGCAGUAAAAGUUCCACUGCUACUAAAAGUAAGUUGCACCUGUCCGAAAAUAGUGUUUGUUACCGAAAGGAAAUAGAUCUCAAACGAGUGAGUGAAAAGUAAAUUAAAUUUUAAACGGGAGAGUGCAGCAGCCGUUUUGCAGAGAAAAAAAAAUCCAAGUGCGAGUGUAGCAAAAAAAAAACGUAAAACAACGUUUAAAUUUUGGGUGUUACACAAGAAAAGAAGAGCAGUCGGGAAAGUAACCGACGACGAGAGCUAAAUUUUCGGAGUGAAAAGUGUGAACAUAGAAAAUUGGAAAAGUUUUUUUUUAAUUAAAAUCAACGACUUACGUUAGUAGCGGAGAGAGUCGCAAGCAGUAGCACCGGAAUUUAUUGUCUUAUUUAACACGUGGUAUUUUGUUUGUUUGUGAGGAGCAGCGUUAGUAAAAUACACCACGUAGACAUUUCGUCGUUGACGUCAUCAUCUUUGUGAUUGACAGCUAGCUAAAAACAGCAGGACGGUCGCCGAUCAAGGCUUGCUCAGAUUGCCUCUUUGAUUGAAUCUUGGCUGCCGAGAUCCCAGUAGGCCACCGCUGCGGUGAACUAAGUGUGAAGGAGGACUCACCACAGUCCUCAAAUAGCUGUAAAACCGGACCUUGCACACGCACCAGGGGCUAACGACGGUGGGGUGAAGUGACGCGAUGCAGUGCGGCGUUGAAACCAUGAAUGACUGUGAACGAUCACCGGGUCGUACCGGGCUGAGGGUCAAUUUUACCGAAAAGGGCGAAGUGAAGGAACGUCGGGAGAAAUUCCUCACCGCAAAGUACGGCUCACACCAGAUGAGUCUCAUCCGGAAGCGGCUCGCCGUGGAGAUGUGGCUGUACGAUGAACUGCAGAAGCUGUUCGAUCCACCGACGGAAGCGAUAGAUGUCGAUAUCGACGAAAUUCUCGACAUGGAUACCGACGACAUCAGAAGAUCUCACUUAUUCAGCUUACUGUCGACGUGCAAACGGCCCCCGCAAGACAUAUCGAAAUUCAUCAGCGAUCUGCUGGACCGGGCGAAGACCCUCUGAGCUGGACUGGUCAUUUCAGUUUAAAUUUAAUUUUAAUUAAAACUAACUUCACAAGUAAGGACAUUACAUAUACAUAUAAUAAUCUUAAUGGAACGUAGCAGCAACGCAAACGGAGAUGGAAGAGCGUGCUUAUUUAAAUAAUUCAACUGGAAGAAGACAGCAGCAGCAGCAGCAAGUAAGGAGACACAUCAAACGCGAUUAGUAGAAAUAAGUGACAUCUCUAUGGUAGCAUCAAUUGGAAUGAGAACCGUCAAUGGAUCUUUUUUUUUUGAAAACCACAGUUGGAAUUACGGUCGGCAGUUUGACUAGCUUAAGCAAGUGAAUGUUUUUAGUUUUAGUUUGUAAUCGAUAGCGAGCGGAAACGACAGAAAGCAUUACUUGAAAGUGUUUAGUUAGUUUAUGUUUUCGGCUGGUGAUUUCGGUAAACUUCCAACAUGAUUGUAGUGAGAACCACACAACAAAAGGAAACUUGUAAACCGAUUCCUUCUAGAUCACGCUGCUAAAUACAAAGUAAACACACACAAACUCAGCAGAAUCGAGCAAAAAGAUGAGAUGAGAAAGAUUUGAUUUUUCUCCAAAGAAUAAUUUAGUUAUAAACUCUACUAGAAUGUAAAAAAAAAACGUGAGUGACUUGUGAGCAGAAAUGUGGAAGCGAUACAAAUUAAGUUGUAAGUAAUUUAAAGGAACGUUCGCUUGUUUUGUUAACUAUUUACUUUUAAGUCAUUUGCAAAAAUCUCUGAAUUGAAUACUUUGUGUCCCUCCUCUCUCGUUUACGAGAAACAGAUUUUGUUUUAAGUAAAGUUACAAACUAUUGUCCCAUCUGUUCAACCAUUUGUCUGUGUUAAUAAUCCAACAAAGACACUGCCAGGAAGUUUGAAGUUGCUGCCAUGCUGGGUGUGCAUCAGGUGUCCGCUCAAAACACACGAAAACAACAACUCCUCCACACACCUAUGAGACGACAACGCUAGGCCUGCUGUGCGAGCUCAUCACAUGCGCUAAAAGUCGCUAAAUUAUGAUUUUUCAAAAUUGUUUUCCACUUUCGAAGGAAGGCUUCAGCUCAACAAGUAUAACAAGUUGUAUUUAUUGUAUUUUUACUGCAUAGUUUGUCCAUUCAUUCGAACGUACCACUCACACAACCAUACGAUGCAUUGUAGAUGGUGGAAGAAGAUGUAGAAGUUUUAAGAACCGUGAAGCCACGAGUUUCUAUUUUUUGAAGGUCAGUACGUUUAAAUAAAUAAAUUGGAAAGUCGGCAAAGCAUACGUAAUAGAGGCGGAGGCACGGCAUAAAUACACAAGAAAAAAAUCAACCAUUACUGGCAGAGCAAACACAAUGUUGAAAGAGAGCCGUUAAUUAGUGGACAUGUGUAUUAAAAAAAAAUAGCAAAUCAAAACAGCUCAACCAUUACAUAGAAACAGCAACAACAACAACAACAGAAUUACCGAUUUGAAGCUAAUUUAAUGAGUUUGAACCGUUUCUCGCUUUGUGAUUUUUCACUGCUAAACUUUACUGCUGGCUAAUGUGUUUUAUAUUUAAAUUAAAAAUUUGCAUCUCAUCACUAUUAUUGUGUCAUCAUAUCAUCGAAAUAUAUGAAACAAAAACUAUUAAAAAAGUAAUCUUAACACAAACACACAUAUUACUUCUUCUAAACAAACAAAAAAUAUCAGUCUAAUAGUGAAGCGAUGUUUCGUAGUGUUUUCACUGUUCAAGCUAUUCAAAUUAUUAUAAAACAUUUAGAAAGAGUGCGAAACUGACUUUGAAUUGACAAUGCAAAAACCCCCCAUACAUCUUACUCCAGUCUGUCUCGAUGAGAAACGUAAACCUGCAUCCAAUGAAAUACACAAACACACAAUCCCAGAAAACAAACCAAUACUUGGUGAAAAAGUAGACUUAGACAGACAGAGUGGAACAACAAUUACAAAAUGGACAGAAGCGAUAGCUUUAGCUUUUAUCGAAAGAACAAAAAAAAAACAUAGUAAAUAGGAACAAAUAAAAAAUAGGUGCCCUUUCGUGUAAUGAAAGCAGAACAAAACAUCCCCAUCCAAAAUUUACUGAUCCGAAAUUGUGCUACAAAUCUGUUAACUAAACAUAGCAUCAGCUGACCGUCAAUGUCAACAGCGCAGCGCAGUGUAGAGCUACAUGCAACAAUAUGAUCCCCAGUGAAAAAUAAAAGAUGUUAAUUGUACAACAACCAAAACACAAACUCAUAGAUCGGUACUGUUUGCUAUGCAAAAACGAAACCAAUCUUCAAAAAGAAAUUAAAACAAUGGAAAACAAAACAGAAAGCAAAGCUAAACGCAUAUGUAUGAGCAUGCACUAUUGUAGCGUACAUAACAUUUCGCCACAUUUAAGUUUAGUGAUGAAGAAAAAAAAAACAAACAAACAAACAUUUAAUCAUGUAAGCAAAUCAUACAAGCACUCAAACAUCUCCCCCGCGCCACAUACACAGCAAACACGUGCGGAGAGCGCUCGUGACAAAUAUGGAAAUAUUACAAUUAAACGAUGUGGAUUGACAGAGAUAAAAGAAAAUUAAAAAAAAAAAACGACAAAAAUAGAAUAAAAUUUACAAAAA